ACCCUCAGAUCCACUCCCACUUGACUCUACAGUUGGCUCCAUUACCAGAGGCUCGCCAACAAAAAAUUGGAUACACAGAGAGAGGGAGAGAGAGAGAGAGGGAGAGCGCCUUGGUUUCAUCAGGCUUGAGAGGAUGCUCUGUUCGGGUCGACUAUUGGCGGUCUCGUACCCGCCAAACCCGCCGCGUCCCAACAGUUGCCAUUUCUGGAGUUCGAGAAUUCGUCAUGUAAACCCCAAGCUCAGCUCGAGAUGGCGAUCGAGGGCCUCCGACCCCGACUCCUCUUCUUCUUCUUCUUCUUUUGCUACCUCCAUCGACUCCGAUACUACCGACAAGAACGCCGCCGGGUUCUGUAUAAUAGAAGGGCCUGAGACAGUGCAAGACUUUGUCAAAAUGGAAUUGCAAGAGAUUCAGGAUAAUAUUCGGAGUCGUCGGAACAAAAUUUUUUUGCAUAUGGAAGAGGUUCGUAGGCUGAGAAUACAGCAGAGGAUUAAAAGCGCAGAACUUGGAAUUUUAAAGGAUGAGCAAGAGAGUGAACUUCCUAAUUUUCCAUCAUUCAUUCCAUUCUUGCCUCCUUUGAGUUCAGAAAACCUCAAGCUGUAUUACGCCUCUUGUUUUUCUCUUAUUGCUGGGAUUAUCAUUUUUGGGGGCCUUCUAGCACCCACUUUGGAGCUUAAGUUGGGACUAGGAGGCACAUCAUAUGAAGAUUUCAUCCGAAGUAUGUAUUUACCAAUGCAAUUGAGUCAGGUUGAUCCCAUCGUGGCAUCAUUCUCCGGAGGAGCAGUUGGGGUUAUCUCAGCAUUGAUGGUAGUUGAAAUAAACAAUGUAAAACAGCAGGAGCAUAAAAGAUGCAAAUAUUGUCUUGGAACUGGAUAUCUCGCUUGUGCUCGCUGUUCAAGCACUGGAGCUUUGGUUCUUACUGAACCGGUAUCAACGGUCAAUGGUGGAGAUCAGCCUCUAUCUCCACCUAAAACAGAAAGAUGUUCAAAUUGUUCAGGAUCUGGAAAGGUUAUGUGCCCCACAUGCCUUUGUACUGGAAUGGCGAUGGCUAGUGAACAUGACCCUCGGAUUGAUCCCUUUGACUAGAGUUGCAUGCAUCAUCAUGAGCUGCUCUCUUGUACUAUUUGAAUGUACAAUUUUAUGCCACAAUUGUCUUCCGGACACACAAAGUAAUUUCUGUAUAGACAAAAAGGUUAAGAAAAUCAUGGACAUCUAUAUGCCAAUAAAUUGUAUUCUACGGCCAAGGUUCAGAAGAGGAGCCACACGUGUAUUUCGUGACAACAAAGUAAUUUUUGUAUAUACAAAUAGCUCAAAGAAAUUAUGGACA